AUGUCAGAAUUCGACGCUCUCUUCAAGUUUGUAGCAAAGGAAGAUCAGAAGGCAUACUUUGCCCCCACCACAUGUCAGAAGGAUGGAAUGUCUGGUGCACAGCUCAUUGGGACCGCUGUCGAUGGAUAUGCUUCCAUCGAUAACUUGAGAUCCAAGACCGGCGGAUCGAAACGUACCGUCGAAAAGCUUCUUGCACCGCUACCUUCCACAACAGUCCCAAUCUAUUGUGUAGGUCUCAAUUACAGAUCUCACGCAGCAGAAGCCAAGCUCACUGUGACCAAAUACCCACCACUCUGGACCAAGCCCGCAACAUCUCUGGCAGAUCCAGGAGAGGAUAUUGCUCUUGAUGAGUACCUUGCGCUCAGCCUCCCCGACUAUGAAGGCGAGCUAGUGUUUGUUACAUCCAAAGAUGCCAAAAAUAUACAAGCCAGCGAAGCGGACUCCUACAUUCUUGGCUACACGGUCGGUAACGACUUGUCUUGUCGGUUCUUCCAGCUUCCCAACAAUUCGGGAGGACAAUUCUUCUACGCAAAGGCGUUCGAUAAGUUUGCUCCCAUUGGACCACUACUUGUCAGUACGGAAAAGUACAAUGCAACUUCAUCUGGACAACGACUGUCCACCCGAGUCAAUGGACAAGUUGUUCAGGACGUCGAGCUUGCCAAGGACAUGAUUUUCACCCCAGCCCAGAUCCUGGCCCAUAUGAGUCGAGGCACCACGAUCCCAGCCGGUACUGCAAUCAUGACAGGCACACCCGCUGGAGUUGGUGCAUUCCGAAGUCCAAAGACCUUCUUACAGGAUGGAGAUGUCGUAGAGGUCGAGAUUGAGUCCCUAGGCGUCCUUCGCAACACCAUUCGCUUUGAAAAUAUGGUCUGGUGGCGACGCCUCUACAUCGUUGUCCAAAAUCUAGGCCUUAGGCUUUUCACCUAG